GCUUACAGUAACGACUUGUUUUGCCUAUCGUUCCGAUUUAGUCACUACACUUUUGUACGUCGACAGUCCUUCUUUUCGAAAGCUUGGGUGGAUAAGCUACAGGGUUUCCCACUUAAAACAGUUGGUCUCUCUUUUUUGGAACGGUUUUUGCGGCCUCCGGGUUUUAUUAAUCAAUUUUGACAAUUUGGCGUGAGAGUAGUUCCGAGUUUUCGCGAUGCGCGAGCAAAAUUUUGACAAGUUUCUCCCUUUUGCGUGAGUGCCAUUUUCCCCAAAUGAAGGGCAAAUGUCAAAAUCAAAUUCACACAGGUCUUGAAGUUCAUGUCCAUCCAAAAAGUGGAAUCCAUUACAUUGUACAGUUUACACUAAAUUCGGUUUCUUCGGGUUUGUUCUAAGCUGUUGUUUUUCAGCAUCUUCAGGGUAGCUCCAUGGGAAGAGCAGUUCCAGAAAUUGGAGUAGAUUUAUAGAAACGAUUGGUGUUUGUGGGGGAUACUUUUUAGAAAAAUUGAUGAUUGCUAGAAUGACUACUAAACUAUUAAGCUUGAUCAUAGUCUAACGAGGAAAUAAAACCGCGAGAAAGCUACCGCAGAGACGGGAAUCGAACCCGUAGCUAUGGUUCUUCUGGCUUCAAUUAGGCUGUUCUUCAUGUGUUUUCACAUGAAGGGUAGUUUAAUUGACGAAACAAUUUCCCCGAAUAGGGCCUCUAGCUACGGGUUCGAGUCCCAUCUCUGUGGUAGCUUUUUCGCGGUUUUCUUUACAUAACUGUGUUCGCAGGUCAUUGUUUUUUUGUUCUUAACAAUCUGUUUUCCUCGUUAGAUAUUAUUCAAUAUAGCUCGAGGUGGCUCUACGUUUAAGACCUUAACAUAUUAUCUGAGCUAUUUUUUUUUCGGCACCUUCAGGGUAGCUCAAUGGCAGAGCAGUUCCAAAAGUUGGAGUAGAUUUGCAGAAACGAGUGCUGUUUAUGAGGGAUACUUUUUCGGAAAAUUCGUAAUUGCUAGCAUAACUACUAAACUGUUGAAUUUCAACUUACACUCACACACAAGUUUCAGUGUCUUGAAAAUAAUGACAACCAAAAUUAAGAAUAAACAAAUCACAGUAUUUUUUAAUGACCUUAGCAGUCUAAGUAGCUUUUGGACUUCUGAUUUGCAGAGAGUAUUUUUCAGGUAAAUUACACUCAAAGGAUAAAAAUGAGCUCAACAAAAACUACAUUUCGAAUAUAAGCUGUUUCUGCUGUUUUUUUUUAUUAUUAUUCUCAGCAAUUUUUAAUGUAACACAAGAAGAAUCGAGAAGAAUCGACACAUAGAUGUCAAACAAAAAAAAUAAAAAUAAACGUAAUAAUAGUCAUUUGCUUAUUUUGUCUUGCUCUUGCAGUACGGGAAAAAACCCGUACCCGGAAAUUUUAUUGUACAUUUCGUCUUUUAUUUUCCGUGCCUAGCAGUUUAAGCCGAACCGUAAGUGCAACUUAACAGUUCAUCUUGAACAAUGCAAAUAGAUAUAAAUUUCACUUUUGUUGAGUGACAAAAUUCAUUCAUUGUAAGAGUCAUGCGUAGAAGCGCUCCAAGUUGCGCCAGAAGUUGUGUACAGAAAUGACAGAUUAAUGUUGAUCGCCUAAACGUAACUGUUUUUUUACAGUUUGAACUUUCACGGAAAAUGGCAUUCAACUUUUUUGUCUCAAAAACCGUAAAAAUAUGACCACCAAUAUUGAAUCAAAUUCCAUUCGAUUGAAGCAAACCACUACCGCAUCGCUUUAGUCUCGAACACCGUAAUGCAAAAAAUUAGACUUCCAUUGCACAAUCGGAACAAUAACGGCUGACCUCGGCUGGUCGGUCGAGUAUGAAUCAAUUAAUUACUGGCACUAUCCUAUCCGCAAAUGGCUAAUAAUUCACCUGAGAUUGACCCACAUUCACCCUCGACCGAAACAACCGCGCACAGAAAUAACCGUUCCCCGGUGUUGUUCUUUCGUUCUCGUUUCCUCUUAUCAGCAUCAUCAUCAUCAACGUUGCGUUUUGUUGUUAACUGGAUUUUGUUUGCCACCGCUAGAUCAUAAAACACAAGAAAGGUGCAAAUUUUCGCACUUUUAACACGGUUCUCUCGGUUAGCUAGUUGUGAUCCGCAUGGUCAUUGCACCAUGAUUACAGUUUUUAAUUGCAUGCACGCACGAAGCAUUUCCCAAUGAGAAUUCCGAACUGCGCAUUGCGCGGUUGACUUUCGAACAAGUUAAAUGACUAACCUCGACAUGCAGUUCAAAACAACAAUCCCCUAAUUUACGGCAACCGUCCGAAUUACCCUUCAACUGGGCGGCCGGUCAUUAGCAAGUUCAAUGCGCAAACGCUCACCGACGGUGCUGUUCGGUUCACGGGUUUCAAACCUGAAACCCGAAGAAGGUGAAACCCAUCGAAGCGUGCGAUGUAUUUAGCCUUGAUCUACCCAUCGGCGCCUACUGUUGCUGCUACUGCUGUUGCUUCUGCCGAUGCCAGCCCCAGUGAUUUCUCACCGUUCGGAAUUGUUUAAUUCCGAGACAUCCCCACGACUAUAUUUUUUUUUGUGGGCUCACUGGGUACUUUACCGAUUGUUAGCUGCAAUUUUGAAUUGCUAAAUCGGUCCUACCCGAGCACCGACAGGGUCAACCGUUGGAACCGAUUAAUAUUCGUUAAACAAUCACCCUCUGCUCGGUAGUGUCUUCACCUUGAAAGAAGAAGUGAGGAGGAGUGCAUUCAAUGGUAAAAUUACCGAAAUUGUGUGCUUCCGGAGGGUUGUGUCAGGUUCGGUUGAAAUUUUCGGUUAAUUGUGGUCUUCAAGUAUGGUGUGAUGAACUUUGUCAGAGUUUGCAAUGGGAAACAAUGUCAGUAUAGUAUAGUAAGAGACUGGAAGGGUCCAAGUGGCUUCCUCGAGUGACAAAUUUGCUGGAGCACCAAUCGAUUAUUCUAAGAGCUUCACGCGUGAACACAAUUAAUAACACAUUUUAUUUUGAUUUUACUUUUCGCAGUGCAACACAAUGGAUUAAAAUAACACCGAACAGACAGUUUGACCGGAAACGAAACAAACUGCAGUAUUAUCAGAAUGUAUCACAGGUCGUCGUCAUCGUUGUCGUCAUCAUCACCACAGUCACCGCCUCCACCUCCGCCGCCACCACCACCACCACCACAACCAACUUCAUCCGGUUCAUCUUCAUUAGCAGUUUCUCAUUCCGCAGCCGCCAUAACACAUGCGGCAACUCUACCGCGACCAUCAUCCAGCGGUGGUCUCCACCAGAUUCAACGCCACACUUCACAGCAACAGCAGUUCCAUCUGGUGCGCGGUGAUUCCAAUCCGGCCCUGCAGCGGAUUUCGCCGCCCUCGCUUGCGGAGGUCACCCCGCAGCAAAGACUGAACGGGAAUCAGAAUGAAACCGUCGGAACCAGGACGGAUCAUCAGUCGUCGAGGCCGAUCGUCUAUCAAAGUGGCCACCCGAAUCAUCAUCAGAAACAACAGCAACAACAACAACAACCGCAACAGCUGAAGGCCGGGCCAAGACCGACCUACGGUGCCUAUACGAAUAAUACUUUACCGCGAGGGCCUUAUCUUCAGUAUAAGUAUAACAAUAUUAGCAGUAUUCCGAACGGUGACAAUAACAGUGCUGCCAGCAGCGGUAACAAUAAACAGAACCACCAGGCUCGGCAGAUCGAGGCUUUGCGCACCGAAUUCCUAGAGCUGGCUAGCAGCCGGGCCCAACAGCAGCAACGAAGACUUCUACUUCAACAACAACAACAGCAAGAGCAACAACCACAACGGAAAAAACACACCGGAAGCAAUCCUCUUCCCGACAGUGCAAGUGGCGAUGAGCGUGACUCACUGCGGAGUACCAAAUCCGGUACAUCUUCGACCGCUUCUUCGACGGCCACGGCGGCCACUGCAAUCGUAGGCACCGUCGGUACUUACCAGCACUAUCAACAACAACAACAGCAACAACAACAGCAGCAGCAACAACAUCAAACACAACUCCAACAGAAUCAAGCAGGCUGUGGUAGUAAUAAUAGUAAUAGAAGUAGCAAUAGUAACCAUAGUAGCAGUAAGCGUCAUAACAACCAACAUCAGCAGCAACAGCACCAACAUCAUCAUCAUCAUCAUAAUCAUCUUCAUCAGCAACAGUCGCAGCAUGCAAACAUAAACAAUGAGCCAAAUCAAAGACUUCCUGGAUCAUCGGGUGGUGGCGGAGGAGGAGGAGUUUGCGACAGUGGAACAGGAAAUGGCAAGUUCACCGGUGGUGGUGGCUACUGUCUCAGUUACGUCAACUUGGCCGAUGUGGUGGCACUGAAGAGGAUCAGUCAACCGGAAGGCUGGGCUUUGCUGUGUCAGUCGGUCCAAGCGCUGCAGGAUCUGUUUUUGGCCGACACCCCCUCGAUAACGAAGGUUCGACCGUUGAUUUCGCCCACCGGACUGCAGAUAACGUCCCGCGGUCGGGUCGUGUUCAAUUUGGUGUCGGUCCAGCAGCCACUGAUUCAAGAGCAAGCAACAUCGCAGCUGCCGAGUGCCGCCGGACCCUUCCUGGACAUGAAGAGCUACCUGUCACCGGAGUAUGUCAACAGUCUCGGCAAAAAGAUUAACUUCUCCGAGUCGGAUAUAGAGAAGAUGUGGAUUUAUUCGCUCGGAGUGACGCUGCAAAAAACUAUCUCAUCCUUUUCGGUCAACUAUCGUCGCCUUUCCGGAAGGGCAGCGAAAGGAGGAGCUUCGGCAGAACUGACGGCGGCUUCGGAAAAUUACGAUAUAAUAAAUGGGAUUCGGCAACAACAACAACAGCAGCAAAAACAUGCGGAUGCUUCGGACAGUGCCGACGAAGACGGACUUACACCGCUGGACCACGUUGUGCUGGCCAUGUGCGAAGCCAAUCUGUACAAGCGGGCCAGUCUGAUGUUUCUGCUGGAUAUCAUCUCCGACUACUGCAAGAAUCACCAUCUGUACAAACCGUUCUCGCACAUGGUGAUCGAUCUGUUCAGGGAGGUCGUCGCAUCCGUUUCAACGCGAAUCGAGGUCAAGCAGGCACCUGUAGCAGUUCCUCCUCCUCUUCAUCCACCACCAGCACCGCUUCAAGCACCCGCAAAACCACCGCAACUUAAGCCAUUGACCACCACCACCACCGAAUGUUACGAGGAGCAAAAAAGCGACACCGAUUCGGGUCGCAGUUCGGAUCACGGUGAACUGGAGGUCCAUCGGAAGGUCGGUGCCACCGCAUCGGUUCCGAUCAACUACGGUAUCACGAUCAGCGGUCACGAUUUGGAACAGGCUCGCUAUUUCGGUUCCACCGCCAAUCUACGGGUGAAACGAGCGGAACCCGAUACCGGGGCGGCUAAGUUUCGUUCGCUACCGCGACCUACCGCAGAGCCAACCACCAUCAACCGGUUGGAACCGGUGCGAAACUAUGCCACGAUUGGUUACUCCAAGAGCACCCGGGCAACGGCCGGAACCGAAGGGGAUCCGAAAAAGUUGCAUGUCGUUCGCCGACGCCACAAUGCCGAGAUGAUGCGCAAACGGAACGACCUGCGACGAAACACGAUCGAUGUGUCCAUGGUGGAGGUGAAGAUGGCGGAAGUGGAGAAACAGCAGCAGGCACUGGGACGGUUACUUCGCAGCAAUACCCGUCUGGUUCCGUCCAAGUCGACCAAUCAGCUGAAUCUGAUCGAUAGCGGCGGCGGCGGCGGUGGCGGAACCGAUUUCUAUCGGAAGAUUGACGAGAUGAGCUUCAAUGCGACGUCGAUGCCGAAUUUGGGAGCCCCACUGACUCAGCGGACAAAUCUACCGAAUGUGGAUCGACGAAGAGACGACUAUCCGUUGCAGAAAUCCAGCAGUCGAAUCGAAACAUUGGACCUAGAAUCGUCCAAAGGACCGGAGUUUGUCCGGAAUGCCAACAGUGUACCCAAAGUUAUCGAUCUCACGGAUGCUAAGACGCAGCAUCGCCGCACGGUGACGAUUCUGAUGCUCAACGGAACUAAGGUCAAUAUCAUCUGCAAUCCCACCACGACGCUUGCCAAACAGGUCUUCGAGGCCAUCAUUCGGAUGGAAAAACUGUCGGAGAAUUUUUUCCUUGGACUCUGUGCCCUCAUCGGAGGUGAUUUUGUCUUUCUACCACCCGAACUCAAAGUCUACAAGGUCGCACCGCAAAUCUGGGUCAAUACAUCGAAAAAAUCCGCCGCGUUGGGUGAAAACAUUGUCUUUACGCUUUAUCUCCGGAUAAAGUUCUUCCUGCCGACGUUACGCGGUGUCAGCUGUUUGGAAUCGCGACAUCUGCUGUAUCUGCAGCUGCGCAAAAGCAUCCUCGAGAGGCAGGUUCUGUGCUCCGAGGACGACCUCAUCACGUUGGGUGGCCUGGCGCUUCAGGUGGAAGUUGGAAGCUUUAAAGAGCACAUGAAAUACAACGAAUACUUUACCAUUUCGCACUACCUGCCGGAGGAAGUGUACCGGAAGAAGAAGGAACUGGCAAAGUACCUGCGCAAUUCGCACUUCUGCAAGCGCGGACUGCAUCAGCUGGAAGCCGAACACAAUUUCAUCCGGUACGUGCAGGAACUGAAGGAGUACGGUUUGCAUCUGUACAGUGCCUCGUGGACAACGGACGAAAAUAUUACGCUGGAGGUUUACGUGGCCAUCUCACUGAGCGGGGUGGCCAUCUUCGAGCGGAAUCUCAAGUUCAAUCCCCGGGGAGCUCAGCAGGAGUUUAACAACAGCAAAAACUGCUACCAGCGGCAUCUGUAUGCGUUCUUCGAUUGGCUGGAGAUUGAAAACAUUUGCUUCUCGAAGCACGUGUUUUGUGUGGUGGUUCGUCGCACGGAGAGUCUGAAUCCGAAGGACAAAACCCGGAUCAAGUACAAACUGCGAAUGGAUGGUCGGAAGAGCUACUUCGCCUUCAACCUUGCCUCGGAGCACCACAAAUUCUACAUGAAACUGCGUAAUUCGUUCGUUUCGAUUAAGGCUCUUUCGGGCGAAUUGAACAUUCCGAUUGUCGAACCCGGUCGAACGACGGUGGCAUCGGGAACGGAUCACAAAGGAACCGCCAAACCGAAACUGACCGUGGCCGAGGUGGAUGAAAAAGCUGCUUUCGAUGUUAAACAUGUGGACAAAAUUGAUAAACCCCUGAAGACUACCGCUCUGCGGGUGCGGAAUCUCAAAAAGUCAAUGCUGAAUGACAACCGGUUGGCAAAAUUGCGCCAAAAGUUCCUGCUCAAACGUUCGAAAUCCUCGGUCGAAGGUGCUCCGCCGUCGUCGGCACUGAACGAAACCGUCGAAAUCGCAAACCAACAGAAUCAGAACAAAGAAAACGAGAAUCCGGCCUUGGGGAGUGGUUCGUCCUGUUCACCUGCGAUUUAUCCGGCCUCUUCGGAGCUAAGUUUGUCGCCGGACGAUUCCUCCAAAUCGUACAACAUGAAUCGGAACCGGGUCAAGAUGGGUACCAGAGUAUUUUCAACUCAAUUUCUGAACAAAUCCUUCGACAAUUUGUACGACAAUCCGCUGAGCGGUGCCAACUCCUACCAAAAUCUGGCCAACGGAAGUUUCAACGAAGACGAUGAAAUGCUGAUCGAUUACGAUCGAGUUGUGCGGGUUGAUCCCAGACAGCUGAUCGAGAGUAGCGUGGAUGACGCUCUGUCCGUCAAGAGUAGCAUGGGUUCGAUGUACUACAUGGAAAAGAUUGAUGAGAAAUCCGUCGGGGGAAGCGAAGAGACUCUGUCGCCGAAAGCCUGUGUGAUACAAUCAAACAUCCGUGGCGAAAGCAGUCACUUCGAUUUACCGAACGAAACCAUCUCGGACACGCUGCUGGAGAAGUUCAACAAUCUGAGCUGCAGUGCAGCAAUCAACGAUCGCAUUCUGACGUCCGUGAUAGUGGUGAAAGAUUUCAUUAAUCCGAACGAGCGAAAUCACCAGCCACAAAUCACGAAAACGCAACUGCUGAAUCGGAAGCGAUCGUUUCUAUCGCGCAGCCAGGAAUCGGUUCUGUUCCAACGGAGAAACGGCAGCGGCGGUCCCCGUCUGGUCGCAUUCGGUGGCGAUGAUCUCAGCUCCGACGGUGGCAUAGCGGAUUGCGGUAGCAGCGGGGAUGAUGGCAGAGGUGCACGGUACACGCUCGGGAUCAGCAUCGUGCAGGGCAACGACAAUACGGUGUACGUGAAGGAUCUGGUACCGAGUGGACCCGGUGCCCGGGCCGGUGUCCGGAUUGGCGAUCAGAUAAUCGCCGUGGAUGGCCGUUCGCUGCUGAACCUACCGUACAGUGAAUCCCUCGCCGUACUGCAGAACACAGGCCGAACUGUGGAACUGGUGCUGUCGCAAAUUUACCACCGACCGGCGCUCAGUGCCAGUACGUUAAACAUCAGCACCGGUCAGCUGCCGCCGAACGGUGUUUGCCAGUCGGAAUCACUGGCCGAUAUUUACCCGACGAAGCUGGAAGCCAUCCUGCAUUCCUCACCCUAUACUAAAAACGGAAUGAAACAGGGACCUCCUCCUUCGCAGCAACCGUACGAUGACAUCGGCAAUCAUUUCGAGGCUAUUCGAUCAUUUUACCAACAGCAGAAUCCGAAUCAAAAUCAUCACCACCACAGCAAAAACGUACCGGAUAUCAUUCUACGAACGACGACAAACCCUGGUGGAAGCUUCGGUGGAACGCUAAGUCCGUCGAAGAGUAUGCCCGAUCUGCCAAAGAUUCUGCAAGUCUACACCAAACCGGCUUCGGUCAGUCCCACCUCGUCCAGCGGAUCGUCCAGGCGAUCGCAGCCAAAAUCUCUGCCACCACCGAAAUCGAUGGGCCCUGCUGUGCUGUCGGCGGCUUCUUCGGCAACAUUGUCAUCGUCCCGCAAGUACUGCGGCCCGGUUCGCUUUCCCGUUACUCCGGCCAAGGACUGUCUGCGCACGAUGCUGCCGGUUCGUCCCACCAGUGGCGGAAAGGUCCAGCUAUCGCUAUCCAACGCAUCCGAGGACGGGCAGGUCCAGUCAGAAUCGGCCCGAAUGUCGUCGGCGUUCGUCGGCAAUGGAGAAGGAAGACUUGUGCCGGACAGAAGUGAUUCCAACUACAACAAUUCCAUGGCAAACGGGGAGGAUAAUUUGCUGAGGCUGUCCCUGAAAAGGCCCAAAUCCUGGAAAUGGGAACUGACGACAUCGAGUUCAUCGCCUGCCAUCAGCUUCCCGAAGAUACAGCUGUUCGAUAGCCGGACCGGGCAGCUGAUGGCGGAACUCGAUAAACCGGAUCGUGUGGUGAACAGUGAGAAGACGGCGGAUGAGCUUUCCGAGCAAUCGAGAAGUUCACAGGAUCGCAGAAACCGCUACCGGCGAUCGCAAACUUCAUCGAUUCGGGAGAAAAUCGUUACCUCCAGUGAGCAUUUGAGUGAUGUAUUCGAGCAGUUGCAAAACAAAGGCCUGGGUUACAAGGUGCCGACCAGUUUCCUUCAGUUUCGUGCCGAGGAGGAUGAUGAUGAUGGGGGUGCCGGUAAAAUUUGUCCCAUCCAGAAGAGUAAAUCAGCCAGUGAAGUGCGCAGAAUCGGCGUAUCGGCGGAUCCGAAUGCCCCGAAGAAGAAAGUGCUCAAAUCGAUGUCCACCCGUUCCAGUUCAAUUCUCGGUAGAAUCAGUGAGCUAUACAAGAGUUCGACCGAAGAGGAACCGGUUCCGGUUCCCAUCGUUCCAUCGCCGGCACCACCAACUAUUCCAGAGAUCAGUAUCGUGGAAGAGCCCAAGAAAGCGGAAAACAAAUCCAAAAUCUACAAACUGGUUCGCAGCAACGCCGGCACUUUGAUGGUUCGCGAGGAAAGUUUCCACACUCAGCGAAGUUUACGCCGUCGAAAACAGCAGCAGCAGCAGCUGGAGGACGAGAAGCGCCACGAAUCACCCAUUGAAAAACGUAUCGUCAUGACGGACUUUCCGGAGUCCAGUUACGACAAUACCAUCAACGAAAUCGAUGCGAUGAUUUCGAAGGUCAUGCUGUCACACACGCUCCCGGAUGUCAGCGAGGAGCGACCGGCGCAGUACCGACGUAAGUCUGAUCAACCCGGAACGACGACCCAGCAGCGAAGACGACGCUCACGUAGAAGUGCCAGUGCCGGCAGUGAUCCCAGUGGGUAUGACGGAAAAAGUCGACAUCGCAGCUCUCCACGAACGAUAACGACAUCACCGGGGUACUUUUCAUCCUCGUCCGAGGAACAGGAAAAACAAAACAGUAUAUCAGUACAAGCCGAGACCCGAUUCGGGUCGUUGAAGCGACGGGGACGAGCAAAACUUCGACGGCACGAUGCGAUAGAUGAUGCUACGGGCAGCACGAAGCCGUACCAGACGACCAAUCGGAAGCAGCAGCAGCAGGAAACAAACGGACAACCCAACGGUGACCAAAUAAUCGCCGAUAGUGACUGGCAGCAGGCGCCAGCGAUCGCCAUCGAAUCCGGCGCUUCGGCUUCGGCUGCUGGAAAAACUGCCGGUGGUGUGAAACGCAAUCCCUGUUCCAUCGGUGCUUGGUACAGAUCUACCGGAAAAAAGUGCCGAAAGUCCCAGCAUAGCAGCUCCGGUUCUUCAUCGUCGUCAUCGUUUCUGGCCGGAACCGUCGCAGCAACCGAUCAGGUCCUAUUCAAAUUAGUCCAGCGUCUGGCGUCGCUCCGAGGCGCCGGCGGAAGCAGCGCCAGCUCUCACCAUAAAAGGAACUGCAAAACCACUAAAAACCAAAACCAAAGUGAGAGUAAUUUCGCGGUCACUUCCAGUGCCGGUAGUGAAAACAAAUGUGCCAUUCCGCGGCAUUCGCCAUCGACGCCAUCAGUGCCACUCAGUCAGAAGCAGCAGCAGCAGCAGGACUCCGGUAGUGAAGUACCCAGUAAAAAGGUUCGUUGCUUGCGGGAGGAACGGGGAGCAGCAGAAAAAGAAGAAGAAGAUCAACUGCCGAACUCUGGUAAUUACCAUACUCAGUUUGUCCUGCUAGUCGAAAACGAACAGCCAAAGUCCAGUGCUAAUGAAAUUGAGUGUAGAAGCUUAAGCGAACUGAUUUCGGACCAUCAACGCCCAUUUCCGGACAGCGAUCUAGUGCUCCGCGCUUCGUUGGAUGACGACGACGACGACGACGUCGACGGUUGCGAUGAUGUUGCCGAUGACGACGACGACGACGAAGAGAAUUUAAUUAAGCCUACUGGGAUUAAUAGUAGUGAAAAUAUCGCCACCAUCAUGGGAUCCAACGUAUCCCGGCAUCACGAGAAAGGAUUGACGGGCCGGCGGGCACAAUCGACUGAUAACCUCAAGUCGGACCAAACCCAAUCGUAUCAGUAUCAGUACAUCAACAAUAACAACAACAGCAGCAGUAACAACAACAACAACCAUCUGAUCGGGGGAAUCAAAACCAACGUUCCGCCGGAUCUGGCUCCGGGAGGGAAUUUUUCCGGUCUUGUCAAUGGCUCUGGGGACGGCGGCAGUGGUGCCAAUGAUGACUGUCAUCCGACCAGCAGUAACAAUGGCGGCGGCGGCAUCGGAAUAGGCCAACACGAUCGGAACAAGUUUUGCGGCAGCUUACCGAAUCACCUGGACGCGGAUGAUGCCUGCGAGGCUGUCUUCAAACAGAACGAGUUUCUCCAAACGCACCUAAAGAAUGUCCUGGCAUCCCAUCAGCAACAGCAACCGGAAUAUGUGACCAUGUCCAGUUUGGCCGACCCGGACUGUUUGAGUGUAGAUGGAUCUUUUGUAAGCCGACAACAGCAGCAGCAACAACAACAACAACAACCACCACCACCAACAUAUCAGCAAAGUUCACCAUUUUGCUCCAGUUCCAGUGGGAAAGGUUCAACCAUUUCGUCUACCGCACUCGGAAGCAGAACUUUUCGCUGCCCAGGAGACCGGAACUCGGAGGAACUGGCCCUCGGUAAUGGAACCCCCCAUCAGCUGAUGUUGCCCCUUCUGCGAACGUCUACCGGCCAGAACAUCCAUGGCAACAACAACACCAGCAGCAGUAGCAGCAGCACAACGACGACGACGGCAACGACGGCCGAUGCCGGCUGUGAUCAGGGUUACGGAAGCGAACGCUCCCCGGAGGACGAACUGCCGCCGCCACUGCUUCUGAUGCACGAAGCCCAGUACAACGAGAUUCUGGCAUCAUCCCAGCAGCUUCCGGUCAGUGCAAUCGAGCCGAACGAUUUGCAGCGCUACUGGAACUACGAGAAGGCGGCCACGAGUCUGAUUGCCAGUGCCGAAUACAGCUUCAUCACCAAAGAGUCCGUAUUUCUGGUGCAGGUACCGAAGGGAACGCGCGGACUCGGUCUUUCGGUGUCCGGAGGGUCCGAUUCGUCCGCCCCCUUUCCCGGGCUGAUCCGUAUCAAACGACUGUUUCCCCACCAAGCGGCGUGGGCCACCGGAAUGCUGCAACCGGGUGACAUUCUGCUCGAGUCCAACGGGAUUCCACUGUCCGGGCUAACCAACUACGAAGCCUUGGAAGUUCUACGAACGGCACCGAACUACGUAACACUGACGGUGUGCCGACCGCAGGACGAACAAUACCGGAAACUAUCGCCCCCGAGUGAACCCCCGAAACCACCCCAACGGAAUGCUCCGGUUCCGCCCGGUGGCGGCGGUGAGCUCCAAUCGCACCAGUUGCUGCAGUUACAAACGGAACAGCAGCAGCAACAACAGCAGCAAAUGAUGAUGAUGCCUCAUUACUAUCAGCAACAGCAGCACUAUAUUUAUCGACCGCAAACGUUGGAUUGUACGGCUCCGUACGGUGGAGUGCCGCUGCCCCUGGAUUCCGCCAACUUUAAUGGGGAGUUCGAAAUCAUCCUGACCAAACAGCAGGGAUCGCUGGGUUUCACGCUGCGCAAGGAAGAUGAAUCUAUUCUCGGUCAUUGUGUCCGGGCGUUGGUCCGUGAUCCGGCCCUAAACGAUGGCCGGAUCCGACCGGGUGAUAAAAUUGUCGCCGUUAACAAUGUCCCGAUGGCACAGAUGACCCACGAAGAAGCUGUGAUAUUUUUGCGACAGGCCGCCGACGUGGUGAAGCUACGACUCUAUCGGGACGAUUCGCUAACACCGAUGUCCGCACAGUCCCCCACCGGAUUGGAGUGUUCUCUGGGAGGACUUUGUUCGUCGGCAUCCACUUCCACCGUGGGACAUGGUGGUUCCGGUCGACCGAAGCCAAACCUACGCCCGGAAGCGUUGAACCUGCUGACGGAUAUUGCCUAUCGAAAGCAGACGGCCGGAACUCCGAAUUCGGGUGGCGAUGGAUCGACCAGUUCAUCGGUAAAGUCCAGUAACGCUUCACCGCGUCGACUGCGCCGAGGUCUUCCACAACAACAACAGUCGAAACGAUCGUACGACAAUCACGGAUACCAGCAUUCCGGUGGUGAAACAACCUCCAACUAUUCCGACUCGGAAACGUCCACCAUCGUCAGUCAAGCUAGUUCCUACGUUCCUUCCCCCCAUCAGGCUCAUCAUCAAAUGGUCCCGCCGGGGGUUUUCCACAGUACAUCGUGCCGAUCGUGCGGUGGAACUGCGGUAACAGCUGUGAAACCACCACCACCACCACCGAAUCUGGACGAUCUGUACUACCGGGAUGAGGAGAUCGACGCCGAAAGUUUGUACGAUGACCAGGACAGUGGUGGUGAUCACCACAAAAGGCCUAACUUUCUCGAUCUGGCCGGUGAAAGUGGGAGUACACCGAUGUCAUCGCGUAAACCGCGGUUCCAGUUUUCCGUGGCCAACACAAACGCGUACGAACUGAACAACCUGGACAAUGACGCCCUGGAUGCUCCAACGCAGUACGCCCUGAACAACCCUGGUGGCAACCUGGCCACGGGGACGAACGAUCAGUUCAUAAGCCUUCCAUGCGAAACAUUCCUGGUGGCGUGUAAAACGGAAAAUGACCUGAAUGCGGACUCGACGGACGCAAUUUACGUGAAACAUUUCGCACACAAAUCACCGCUGUAUUCUUCCGUGCACGUGCCACUGAAGGAUACCGGACACAACGCGAGCGAGGUGGUGGAUGCCGUCGAAAAAGGUGGAAAAAUGAGUCUCAUGAAGUGGAAAGGAGCCACCCUGACCUCGGACGAGGAAGAAACCCCAAGCCAGGAUGGACGAACCGAUGGUACUCCGUCUUCCGUAACCACCGAGACGUCUGAAACUCUGUCCAGCUGCGAUGGGACGACUCUAACGCACGGCACUCCCGAUGUCGAGUCCAGCCUGUUGGCCACCAUGGGUACAACCAGUACGACUACACCGACUACCGAACGGGAACUGGAAUCGGUUGACUGUGGAACCGACGGUGAUGGAAAUAAGAUUUUCACCGUCGAGCUCAACAAACGCUGGAACAGUCGGCUUGGGUUCAGUUUAGCACCGGAUCCGAUCAGUGGCCGGACGGUGAUCAGAGCUAUCUACAGCGAAAGUGUAGCCGCCAAGGAUGGAAGACUGCGAGUUGGUGAUCAUGUUAUUAUGGUUAACGAUGAAUCCGUGGAAACGAUGACUACCGCCCAAAUCAUUGACCUGCUGCGUAUUAUUCGAGGAUCGAUUAGUCUCCGUUUGGUACGUCGAUCAGUUCCGCCAGCUGCCAUUUCAAGUUAUUCUCUCGAUCAAACCCCGGACGAGGUGAAUCAGCCAGUAGACACUCCGUCAAAAGUCCAAAACAAAUCAAACCAACCGGAACUUCCGGAGUUUCCCGAGCAGUAAAGUCGUACGUCUACCAAAUGUCUCUCUGAUUUUUGGUUUGGUUUCUGUAAUCCCUACUUCGGUGGUAACGCUCAGGACGUUGACGGUCCAUUGUUUUGGAAAUUUAGCAGUAGAAUUUAAAACUCUCACCGAAAUAAAAGUCGAUAGUCGAUAAGUAAGUUCUCAUCAAUCAACUCACACUGACAUAAUCAAGCGAGCAAAAAACCACACAAGUUCUCCGACGGGAUAUUCCAUUAGGGAGAAACGGAUCGCAUUUGUUGUCUACCGAAAGUCUAGUAAGUUAUUAUCAUAGCGAAUGAAUUUGAAACAAAACAAAACAAAAAAAAAUAGCAAAUAUCUAGUUGAAGGUUCAGAUGUGCUUCUGAAACUACUGUUUUUACCAGAAAAUACCAAAAAGUAAGUUUAAUCAUAGCAAGAAUCUGUGAGAAAGAAUUUAAGCCCAGCGCAGAAAAUGUUAACAGAAGUUGUUUCAAAAUUAAGGAGCUGUUCCGGUCGGAAACCAAAGUUUCCAAUCCCAAGUUCAAUCUGUCUCGUCUGUCAAGCCUGUGAAGAGUCUAUUAAAAUAUAAUACACACAUGAAAGGAUACUAUUGUUUCUACGAA